GAUGAUCUUGGCCACUAGGAUCAAGGGUCAUAGAAAGCAUCAAACUCUUGUUCUACAGCCUAGGGAAGCCCACUUUCUUGGGCUGUCAACGGUCCCCUCUCUCUUCCCAUAUAUCCAGUUUUUUUCUGGCUCGUAUGCGUUUUGUUCUACUUGGGAUUUAUCAACCAUGACCAACGUGCCAAGGUCUCUGAGACAGUACUCUUUCCUAACCUUCUUCAAGCCAGCCCUCGGAGCCUCUGACCCUUGGCCGCUUUCCCUUCCUUUCUUGUAAAAUUUUGUCAGGAAAAAAGAAGAAGAUUUCUGUGUCGUGUCUUGGUUUUCGCUUUUGCAGAUAUGGGCAGUGGCGAGAAAAGUCUGCUGAACUUCCACCUGCACCUGCCUCAUCUUCAUCAUCAUCAGCAGCACGGGAAGAAGCAAGAGAUCAGAGACGUGCCAAAAGGGUGUUUGGCAAUCAAGGUGGGGCAGGGUGAGGAGCAGCAGAGAUUUGUGGUGCCUGUGAUUUACUUCAACCACCCACUGUUCAUGCAGCUCCUCAAGGAGGCUGAGGAGGAGUACGGGUUUGAUCAGAAGGGGACUAUUACCAUUCCUUGCCACGUGGAGGAGUUUAGGAACGUCCAGGGCAUGAUUGACAGGGAAAAGUCCCUCAAUCACCAUCAUGUGACCGGCUGCUUUAGGGUUUGAUCAAAGUUCUGUAAAGUUUUUUGAGUCUUUGUAGCUUCGUUUUUCCCUUUUUCUUGCUAGUUUAAUUGGAUGGUGAUGAGAACAUGACAUGAAUCAAAUGACGACGACGACAAAGUGUUGUUUGCUACUGUAUUUACUUCGUUAUUUUGUUAGGAACCGUAAUGGAAAAGAGAACUGAAUCCUUUUCUUUUC